GCGAGACGCGAACGGAGCGGCAAUCCGUCGCGGAAUACCGGUUGAUCGUCACGCGAAAUCACCGUCCUGUCAUCCGCAGACACACGUGGAUAUCGUAUUGUCAAGAGGGAUCGUCCUGCGAAUCGUCCAGGCUCGCUCGAUACACGACAGGAAGCAAGUCAUGGAUCCUGAUAAUUUCAAGGAUUACGCCAAAGAGAUGGCGGAAUAUAUCACGGAUUAUUUAGAAAAUAUUAGAGAUAGGAGAGUUUUGCCUACGGUAGAGCCAGGAUAUAUGAAACCUCUUUUGCCCUCCGAAGCACCAAAAUCCCCCGAGGAAUGGAAAGAUAUAAUGGCUGAUAUCGAACGAGUGAUAAUGCCAGGUGUCACUCACUGGCAUAGUCCAAAAUUCCAUGCCUAUUUCCCUACUGCCCAAUCAUAUCCUGCGAUUCUGGCCGAUAUGUUAAGUGGAGCUAUUGCUUGUAUUGGAUUCACGUGGAUUGCGAGUCCAGCUUGCACCGAAUUGGAAGUAAUCAUGCUGGACUGGUUAGGAAAAAUGUUGGACCUGCCGAAAGAGUUUCUUGCUUGCAGCGGUGGAAGAGGGGGUGGCGUUAUUCAGGGAACUGCUAGCGAAGCAACUUUGGUAGCGUUAUUAGGAGCGAAGGCCAAGAAGAUAAAGCAAGUUAAAGAACAGCAUCCCGAUUGGACGGAGAACGAGAUCAUCAACAAGCUAGUCGCAUACUGUUCCUGUCAAGCGCAUAGCUCGGUUGAACGCGCUGGACUCCUCGGUGGAAUAAAAUUCAGACAAUUGGAAGUCGAUGAGAAAUAUAAGCUGCGGGGCGACACGAUGGCCGAAGCAAUCCGAAAGGAUAAGGAGCAAGGAUUUAUACCGUUUUACGCUGUCGCUACUUUAGGCACAACCGUUAAUUGCGCCUUCGAUCGCCUUGACGAAAUGGGCAUUGUAGCGAAUCGUGAAGGCGUUUGGCUGCACGUGGACGCAGCUUAUGCGGGAUCCGCUUUUAUUUGUCCGGAAUUCCGAUAUUUAAUGAAAGGUAUCGAGCUGGCGGAUUCAUUUAAUUUUAAUCCGCACAAGUGGAUGCUAGUGAAUUUCGACUGUUCGGCUAUGUGGCUCAAGAAUCCGACAUACGUCAUAAACGCCUUCAAUGUCGAUCCCUUGUAUCUGAAACACGAUAUGCAGGGCUCGGCACCGGAUUACAGGCAUUGGCAAAUUCCACUCGGACGCAGAUUUCGGGCUCUGAAACUUUGGUUCGUGUUAAGGCUGUACGGAGUCGAGAACCUUCAAAAGCAUAUCAGGACGCACAUCGCUCAAGCGCACGAAUUCGAGGCUCUAGUACUUGCUGAUCCUCGUUUCGAGAUCGUGGGUGAAGUUCUCAUGGGACUGGUUUGCUUUCGUUUAAAGGGAUCCAACGAACUCAAUGAGAUCCUCCUAAAGCGAAUCAACGGCGCGGGAAAUAUCCAUCUCGUUCCGUCAAAGAUAAAAGACACGUACUUUUUACGAUUUGCCGUCUGCUCUCGAUUUAGCGAGAGCAGGGACAUACAGUAUUCCUGGAAGGAAAUCAAGCAGAGAACCAACGAGGUUCUAGAGGAGCAAUCGCUUUCGAAGUGAUGGCGCGCCCAGAUAACUCGCGGUUGCAGAUCAUUGGCACCUGCCACCUGCAAUCAAUCUUAGCUCCUGAUUUUUCCUCAUGCCCAGCGACUCUCGAGGACCAAAUAGAUUAAAGCAGUGAGUGAUUAGACCCAAAUAAUUAAGCGAUUAAAUAUUAUGAUCUUUGCAAUAAUCUUUGGAAUUUUUAAUGCGAUUAAAUGAUUCAAAAAUGUCGAAGCUUGUUUGCGAGAUCAGAUGCGAAUUUUAUUUUGAUAGAGAUACUUAAUUCAAUAAUUAUUAUUACUUUAAUGGAGUAUUAUUACAUGUGUCAAGUGAAAAAUUUGCAAAAUGUGAAGAGAUUUAGGCUCGCAAUAUAAGAGACAUUUUUCUUAACAAUCUCAUAUUAAUUUUUUUUUUUUUGGUUUAUUUUAAUAUUUUAGAGAUUUUUUUUAUAGACGUUUAUUUUCUAUAUAUUUUAUUAAUCGAUGAUACAAAUAUUUUAUAUGCCACAAUUGCCUAAUUAUCGAAUUAUAUUCCGUUAAAGCUACAAUGCCGUAAACGCUCAACGUAAAUAUAAUACAAAAAUGUUGCCUAUAAGUUGAAUGCGUGAUUGUUAUAUUGUUAUUUAUGGAAAUACAAUUCUACCCGAAGAAGGAAAGAAAAUUAUGGUUGAGAUUAAAAUUAUGGUUAAGAUUAAUUAUUAAAAAUGAAUUUUCAGAUUUUGAUUGAUUUAAAUACAUUAAAACUCGCUCUUUCAGAUAAAAUCAUCCUUUCUUCGGGCAGAAUCACACAUGUUACUAUAUAUAUGUGCAAAUGUUAAUAUAUUAUACGUUACAGUAAUAUUUAUUAUACAUAUAUAUAACUGGGUACAAAAAACUGUUGGCAGUGUAUAAUACGAGUUUAAAAGGAGUUGAAAAUUUUUGAAAAUAAUGCAUAUACAUCGAAAUUUAUUUUACUGAUUUGUUGAUUACAACAGUCAUGUCGUAUAAAGGAAUGCGUCUUAAAACAAUCGCUCUGUGUCAGAAAUCAGUCGUUGCAGGCUGCUGGGAUGCAUGUUAGCAACAUAAUAGAUAUAAUGCAUUAUUAUGUGUCGCCUUGUGCCACUUUCGCUCGUGCACCGUCUAUGUUACUACGCGAACUCUUUAGAAAAUAUCCUUGUAAGUACAUUGGCAGUGAAAGUCACAUGUUUGGUAUUGCAAAAGUGCGUCGAUGUUAACGCAACUUUUAUUUUGACAUUUAAUUUUACACACGUAAAAUAUUCCCCGAAUAUUUCGCGCGUCUCUCAUAUAUAAGCGCAAUCUUCAUUUAUUAUAUAACAUUAAAAUUCUAUUUCGGAAUAUAAAAUGUUUUUCGAUUAACUGAUUAAUAGGAUUUUAUGUGUCAAAAAUGAGAUACAUGUUUAAUAAUGAACGAAGAAACAUUGCGGACUCCAAUCAAGAUUCCCCACCGAAAUUCUUCCCAGCGUUCACGAAGAAUUGAAAAAAAAAAAUUUUUUAAAUAAUUUUCCGCGCUAUUAUAAUCUUCGUGCACGUUGAAAUUGUAUGUAGAAUAAAAUAAUCAUGUUGUAUAUAUGUUAUAAAUUUAAAUUAUAAAUAUGUUGUAAAGAGAAUCGACAUAUGUAUGUGACAUAUCGUUAUUUUUAUCUCUUUGCACACAUCUAUGUUUUUGCUCGUUUGACUUCUCUUUAGAAUUUAGUUCAAAUCUUUAUUUCGUUCAUUUGCGAAUUUUCUGUAAUUAUUACGUCGUUAAAAUAAUAUCAAUGACGAUAAUAAUGUUAAUCAUAACAUCAAAGAAUGGAAUAUGUAAUUUCGAAGCGGUUAUAUAUAUAUAUAUAUAUAUAUAUAUAUAUAUAUAUAUACAUAUACAUAUAUCUCUAUGUGUAUUAAAUAUUUGCUGUAAUCAUGCUGCAACAGGGACAAUAAUAAUAAUAGAAUUAAUAAAUCAAGAAGGUAUAAUACCUUCGCGAAAAAGUUAAACAUCUGAGCUCUAAAUGAGAAUCAUAGAUUAUUAAUUAUCAAAAUAACUAUAAUAUUAUUGUCAGACAAUUAUGCUCAUCGUCAGACACAAAUAAAAACACAAUAAAUAGAUAAUUGCAAUGCUUAAAAAUAAAAAAUUACAAAUAUAUGUAGACAUUCAAAUAUUUAUUUUUAUUAAACAAAUUAGCAAAAUUUUAACUCUCUAAGCAAUUCUCCAUUUUUUAUGUAUAAUUUUAAGAUAUAAUUAGAUAUUAUAUUAUUUUAUAUAAAAAUAUAAAUUUUUCUCCCGCGUUCCUUGCGCUAAAUAAUACUUUUUAGAACAAAGAUUUGAGUCGAGUGAUUAUGGGACCAACAAAUAAUUUAUUAUAUGCAAAAUAAUUGAAUUCUCAUUAUUAUGUAUUGUCCGCUAAAAUAUUGCAAAAUCUAUUACGGUUAUUUUGAUCAAACUUUGAUUAAUUUAAUCGAUAAUUAAUUCAAUUAAAAUUGCCUAUAACAAAAUUAAAUUCUGUAAAUCGUCGUUUUUAAUUUAAUUGUAAGUUUUUUUCAAACUAAACAAAAAAUUAAGAAUUUUAUCUAUGUUAAUAAAAUAAUAUUAUUAAAUGCAGAUAUUAUUUGAUAAGUUAAUUGAUGAUUGAAUUAAUCAGAGUUUGAUCAAAAUAGCCCUUGUGUCACAAAGUCAUUAUUAGGAAUUUAAUUAUUCGACUGUUAAUAUUGAUCAAAUAAAUCAAUAAAUAUCUCUCUCAUCUUUCAGUCUUUCUCUCUGUCUAUAAUAUUUAAUGUUAUUCUCUAUCUAUAUCUAAAUAUUGUCUAAAUUAUAGCGCUAAAAUUCGUAAUUAUUAUUAUUAUAUAAUUAUAUACUUUAUAUUAUGCUAUAUACUUAUAUAUUAUAUACUAUAUAAUUAUAUAGUAAUAUAUGAAUAUAAUGUUGCUUUUAUAUUUUAUGUUAUAAAUAUAAUACAUACCUUGAAACAUUCCUCGAGCAAUGUAAUUUCCACAAUUAAAUCAUUGAUAGCGUGCAUCAACGCUUCACGAAGAAAAUAAUUAAAUCUUGUCUGUAUCCUAACAAUAAAUUUAUUAUUUAGCAAACUGCAUAGCCAUCAAAUAACACUUGAGGGUCUUUUACUAAUUGACUGUAAAUACAAAAAUAAUUAUUAAUCAAUGCAUAAAUAAUCAAUAAUAAAUCGAAUAUUAAAAUA